AGCCAUCAGGAGAUAGUCAGCAGCACCGAGGCUUUAUGAGUUAACGAGCGGUGACCGCGUGCUUCCGCAACACAGCGGGUCAGCUGAUUCAAGCGGCACGCGGAAACAGUAACAGGCAAAGCGUCAGUGAACCUCCAAAGCAGCAGCUCGCCACAGUCACAGGAAUCAAUACUGGAUGUCGACAGCGUGAGCGGGAACACCGGCUCUGACUUCAACUCCCAAAAGAACAGAAACAAACAGUAACAUACAAAAUUAACUAACAAACAAACAAAGCAAAACAAAAACAACUGCAAGCUGUCAUCCUCAGGAGGACGUCAUGGCUCACAGAGAGUCACCGGUCGUUUUAAAUGGGACUCAAGUAUCAUACAUUGGACACGACUCCAAGGACAUCCCCCACUUUCUCGGAGAGACGUACGGCAAGUUCGCGAGGCGGCUGGAUCUAAGUUUCAACCAGCUCAGGUUGCUGGCAGGCCUCAAAAUGUUUACUGAGCUGGAAGAGUUGGUCGUCGACAACAAUCUGCUCGGAAAUGACCUCCAGUUGCCCAGGUUACCCAAGCUCCACACCCUGACACUCAAUAAGAACCAACUGACUGAUAUCGAGGCCCUGCUGGAACACUUGGCUGACGUGACCCCGUCACUGGAGUACCUAAGCCUGCUGGGAAACGAGGCCUGCCCCAACCAACUGGUGAGCCUGGAUAAGGAUGACGACGACUACCAGAGAUACAGGUACUUUGUCCUUUACAAGUUACCCCAGCUGAAGUUUCUGGACUCAAGGAAAGUAACAAAAACAGAAUUGAAGGAGGCACAGGCAAGAGGGGCGUUCAUGAAAGUGGUGAAGCCCAAGUCAGAAGAACUGCCUAAAGAGGCUGGAUUAGAGAAUCGCCCCCUGCCCUACACACCUCUGCCCCGGGGAUCCAGAGAUGCCAAAAACCACAAGGUCUGUGUCUAAGGAAUGGCCUACCCU